GCCACAGUUCAAACCGGUGGUCGUGUUUGUUAUGAGUGGUUGUCAUCCACCGUCACAUUGGAUUAACGUAGUGUUACACUCGGCAAAUAUGUUUACAUGGGUCGUGUAUAACACAACUGUAACGUUGGAUAGUAACCUUAAGUUACCAUUGUACUAACGUAGUUAGCUGUUGUUAGCUCGAAAGAGCUAACGCUAGUUAACUCCCUGUGAUGUCUCUGCCUCCAGAGAAAGCUUCCGAGCUGAAACAAAUCAUUCACAACCAUCUGCUCAAGAUGGACAUCCACGGAAAGAUCCGAGAGGUUCUGGCUGCGACUGUGAGGGAGGAGCAGGGCCCGGGACAGCGACCCCUGUCUGAGACGGAUUUCCUGCAGGCUCUGCAGCGCAGGGGCAUCAUUGAGGAUGCGAUGAAGGGCCUACACUUUACACAGGAAGUCCCAACAGAUUCAGAAAUGGGGUCCCGUCCUAAGGCUGCUCCUCAUCUCGAUGACAACAUCACUCUGCAUGAAAAAACCAAUAUUGACCCGUCCAGACGACACUUGUAUGUCCAAGUGCUUGGUGGUAAGGCCUUCCUGGAGCAUCUCCAGGAACCAGAGCCUUUACCCGGUCAAGUUUGCUCUACAUUGACGCUCUACCUGCACUUCCGCAACCAGAGGUUUUGUUCAAAGCCGGUGCCCUGCGCCUGCGAACCUGACCUGAAGGAGGGAUUCCUCCUGGAGGUCCAAAGAGAUGGAACCGGUGAGGGCAGUAAAAUGGCCGACGCCACCGCCAUGCUGUCGCUGUGUGAUCCUGUUCACAUGGUGCUGAUCAAGACGGACACCUCCGGUGAGACGGCGCUGGUUUCGUCCUACUUCCUGGACUGGAGGGCGGUCCUCUGCUCGCCCAGCGGGAGGACCUGCUUUGCUGUGGAGCUGAUGGGAGUCGGAAGUGAAUGCAAAGUCCCAGCUGGUGUUCUGACCGUCAGUCUGGAGCUCUACCCUCCUCUCACCGAGGUUCUGAGCACCGCCGUCGUCAGCACGCAGCAAUCACUGGAGAGACAGAGGACGGCGGAGAAGGAGAGGCUCUUCUUGGUUUAUGCCAAGCAGUGGUGGAGGGAGUUUCUGGAGAUCCGUCCAUCAAACCAAUCCAAGAUGGUCAAGAUCUUUGCGCAGGACGAGAACGGCAUCAACAGGCCGACUUGUUCUUACGUGAGUGUCCUGCGAGCGGGCCGACUUCUGGAGAGCCCACGACAGGCGGCCCGCUUCGUCAGCCUGCUUGCCCACGAGAAGGCCCCCGUGGUGGGAGGAGGAGGAGGCAAGCAGGAGCAGUGGUGCACACUAAUGGCGUUCCUGUGUAGGGGGAAGGGGGACUGCGAGGACCACGCCGCCCUGCUGUGCAGCCUCCUUCUGGGCUUCGGCCUGGAUGCGUACGUGUGCGUGGGCACCAAAGCCAAGGGGACGCCGCACACCUGGGUGCUGACCCGCGGCACCGACGGGAGCAUCACCUUCUGGGAGAGUCUGACGGCGCACAGAUACCUGCACCGGGCCAUAGACCCUGACGCCCCGCCCCUGGCCCCCCAGCCCAAACCCUCGUCCCCCUAUCGCACCGUGGGCUGCGUCUUCAACCACCUGACCUUCCUGGCCAACUGCCAGCCGUCCGACGCCGUGGAACUUUGUGUCUUUGACCUCCAGAAUCAGUCUCGGUGGAAGGCAAUGAGUGAAGAAGCUUUGAAGACUGUUUGCGGCCCAGGCUCCACCACAUCUCUGCCCCCGCUGCCUCCUCUCUGUGCCCCAUCUCUGGAUCCAGCCGCUGCCAGCAACCAGCUGGAGCUGGAGAUGCGCUUCCUGGUCUCUGAGCACAGGAAGGACCUGGGACUCGCGUCCGUGUGGGACGACCACCUGUCCUAUCUGCUGUCCUCGGCGCUGUCGGCCUACGAGCUGGAGCGCUGCACCGGCGUCUCGUGCGGCAACGAGGAGUUCCAGGACGCGGUGAGGAGGGCUGUGCCAGACGGCCACACCUUCAAAGGCUUCCCCAUCCACUUCUUGCACCGCAACGCUCGCAGAGCCUUUGCUACCUGCCUCAGGUCUGUGUUCUGUGAGGAGAUAGUGUGUUGCCGUGGCGACCAUGUGAGGCUCGCGGUCCGCGUCCGUGUGUUUGCCUACCCAGAGAACGCAUGUGCAGUGUGGCUCAUGUUUGCAUGUAAAUACCGCUGUGUGCUCUGAGCGCCAGUCACACGCCCCACAAACUCUACCUGCUCUAAUGUGAUCCUAAUGCAUUUAUAGAUUCUUCAUUUUACAUAUAAUUGUUACUAUCUAUUUUUGUAAAUAAAUGGAACUGUUUUAUAACUGUAGUAUUUUUUGCCUAAACCAAGAAAAGAAAGAUACAGAGGAAAAAAAUUAAACUCUAGAAUGAGGAGGUCCCUCUUCCAGGACUAACAUACAGUGUGUCCAGAAUAUCCAGCAUAUUAGUUUGGAAUAGGAAAUGUAUUUGACAGAAUCAAUGCAUUGAAUGGGAAUAUCUCAAAUUCAUUGUUUCAUCAGAUUGUUGGAUUGGAUGGUUCCGACAUGGCUCAGGUGAUACGGACAAAUGACAGGGUCCUGUUAUGUAAUUAAAAUGUGGGUUGUGAAAA